GUCUGCAUAAAUACCUCCCCACUAGCUCCGAACCGAAGCAAUCCCCACACUGCUCCCUGUACACCGUCCUGUUCCGUCCUGUUGCUCCGACUCACAUCAACAACUCUGUUGUCCGCCAUGGAUAAGCUCGGGCCCAAUUCCGCAAAUAACACCCCCCUAUCUCCUCUCGGCUUCAUCGAACGCACAGCCAUCAUCCAUGGCGACCGCCCCUCCGUCGUCUACAACCAGACGGUGUACACCUGGUCGGAAACCUACCACCGCUGCCUCCGCCUCGCCUCCGCCCUCUCCUCCCAUCUCCGAAUCUCCCCCGCUGAUGUGGUAUCCGUUCUCUCCCCCAACCUUCCCGCCAUGUACGAGAUGCACUUCGGUGUUCCGAUGAGCGGCGCAGUUUUGAACACCAUCAACACCCGCCUCGACGCAAGGACGAUCUCUGUCCUCCUCCGACACUCCGGCUCCCGUGUCCUCUUCGUCGACAUCCUUUCCUUUCCCCUCGCUCGCUCCGCCCUCGCCCUCCUUCCCUCCGAUCAUCGCCCCCCGCUUCUCAUCCCCAUCGAAGAUCCCUACGAAGACCCCUGUGACCUAACUGGCUUCGACCUCACCUACGAAAAGCUCAUAGCUCUCGGCGACCCCGAUUUCCGGUGGAUCCGGCCGGCGAGCGAAUGGUCUCCAAUGAUCCUAAACUACACGUCUGGCACCACAUCCGCGCCCAAAGGCGUCGUCCAUUGCCAUCGCGGCAUAUUUCUCGUCUCCACGGACUCUCUCAUUCACUGGUGCGUUCCGCAUCACCCUGUUUACCUCUGGACCCUUCCCAUGUUCCACGCUAAUGGCUGGUGUUUCCCGUGGGGCAUGGCGUUAGCCGGCACCAACGUCUGCCUCCGCCGAUUUGACGGCCCCGCUGUCUUCGCGGCCAUUGCCGAAAACCGCGUCACCCACCUCUGUGGCGCUCCCGUCGUCCUCAACAUGCUGGCAAACUGUCCACCCACCGCUCGCCAUGCCCUCCACGGAGCCGUUCAAAUCCUCACAGCAGGAGCGCCGCCCCCCGCUGCGGUCCUCGCCCGCAUCGAAUCCCUUGGAUUCGUUGUAAGCCAUGGCUAUGGCCUUACUGAAACUGGCGGGUUGGUGGUGUCCUGUGCAUGGAAAGGGGAUCAUUGGGAUCGAUUGCCGGCAGGGGAGCGGGCAAGGAUGAAGGCAAGGCAAGGGAUAAGGACGCCGAUGAUGACGGCGAUGGAUGUCGUUGAUGGAGCUACUGCUCGGAGCGUGCCUUGGGAUGGAGUGACGAUGGGGGAAGUAGUCCUGCGUGGCGGGCAUGUGAUGUUGGGGUACUUAAAAGACGAAGAGGCGACCGCGAAGGCGAUUAAGAAUGGAUGGUUUUACACCGGCGAUGUGGGGGUUAUGCACUCCGACGGGUAUUUGGAGAUUAAAGAUAGAUCCAAGGAUGUGAUCAUUAGUGGCGGAGAGAACAUAAGCAGUGUGGAGGUAGAAUCUCUGAUGUACGGGCAUCCGGCGGUGAACGAGGCGGCCGUGGUGGCACGGCCGGAUGAGUAUUGGGGGGAAACGCCGUGCGCGUUUGUGGGGUUGAAGGCGGAGUUAGUCGGGAAGCCUCCGAUGGAGGCGGAGAUGAUUGCUUGGUGCAGGGAGAAGAUGCCGCAUUACAUGGUGCCGAAAUCUGUUGUUUUUCUGCCGGAACUACCCAAGACGUCGACGGGGAAGAUACAGAAGUAUGUGCUUAGGAAUAUGGCAAAGAAGCUGGGACCGCUGCCCGCCGGCGCUGGAAAGGGACGUGGUGCGGCUAACCAGGUGAGUAAGCUGUGAACUUUUGAUGUCUGAUGAGCUCGGUUUCUCUGUGCUUUUCUCAUUAUAUGAAUUCGGUACUUGUGAAUGGAAGAUAUUGAAUCACAUUGUAAGUUUGGC